UGGUGCAGCAACAUGGUGGAUGUGAUUUUUUUCGUGAACAGCUGAGUGAAGGAAAUAUACGAAUUUUUAUCUUAUGCUUCUCCAUAUCUCAGCCAUCAAUGUUGCAGUUUGCUGGCCGAUACAAAGUGAUGUUUUAAAGUUUAUAUUUACCUUAUUUCUGGGUAUUUUACAGUUUAUGCCGAGCAUUUUUUGAUAAACUAUUGAAAUCUGAGGGAAUGAUUGGCAUUGUUUUUGAGCUGGCGACGUAGACUUCAACAUAAACUGCUGUUACUCUAGUCGUUACUCUAGUCGUUAUCAGGAUUGAUUUUGCUCACGAAUGAUAGCUACUCUUAGAUGUGACCACCAUGACAGGAUUCUUCCAUCAGCUCCGUCUUCUGCUUUGGAAGAAUUUGACAUUGAAGAAACGAAGUCCAUUUGUGCUCUUGUUUGAGUUGUGCAUCCCCCUUGUGCUCUUUUUUAUUCUGCUGGGGAUCAGAAAAAAACAACCAGCACAUCAAGCAGGAGCAAGCUUUUUCCAUGCGCGGCCUCUGCCCUCAGCGGGGACAGCUUCUAUUUUACAAGCUUUCUGUGAUACACCAUCCAGAGAUGAACAUGGCUUCCCAGAGUUUCCCAAAUCCUCAAUAAAAGAUUUUCUCAGGAGAUUCAGCAACAUAGCAGAGCACAACAAUUUCUUCCAACCUGGCUUUACGCCAGAGGAGAUGAGCGAGAUUCCGUCAAUUUAUAGAAGCAUUAUUGAGGACCCAGUUGCGCUACACAAGCAAUUCCAGCAGGCACAAAAUUUGAAGUUGAGCUCCAUCUUCCUGAAUACCACCUCUCUCCAUGUUUUUUUGAGGCGUAACUUGUCCAUUCCAGAGGAGGAUGUCAACACUCUCCUGAACUCGGAACUGAACUUAAAAGAGAUGUUCCAGCUUCUGUUUGCUGGGGAUGACUCUGCUGCAGAUCCUGUACCCCACCAAAACAGGUCCAGAGAAGUAAGAAGUGUUGCUGACAAUGAAAUUGAUGAUACUUGGAGUCCUGGGACCUCCAGAGUUCCUCCCAUAUCAGAGCAAGAGACAGCAAACACCUUUCUUCAAGACAAAAUAUCUGACAUUGCUCAACAGAUGGCUGGGAAGAAAUUACCCAAUGUAAAUUGGAGGGAACAUUUAUCCCAGAUUGCAAAAAACCUUCAGAAUGCACCAAAGAUGCCAGAAAACUCAGGAUCUCAGUUUAGUGAAAUGAAUCCACAGAAAAUGAUGGAAGGAGUUUCAGGGAUAAAGCCAAUGUCUCUAGUCAUGAAGAACAUAGCAGACUUGCUCAAUUCCACCCAGAUACAGGAGGGCAGGGAACAGCCAGAGGGACUGGUGUAUAGAAUACUGGAGGGGAGUUUAUUGAAUGACAGCAAGGUGGUUGAUACCAUAAGUCACGUCCUGGGAUUUGGGGGCUUGGAUAAUAACACUGUGACUUCUGUACAAGUGAUCAAGGCAUUAGAGGUUGUAGUUUUGUCUCCCGAAGCUCUGCAGACUGCAGCAUGCAGAAGUCAAGAAAUGCUGGCUGUGUUACAUCCUAUGAAGAAUGAAACUAGCCACAACAUGACACAUGCCCUUAAAGCACUGUGCAAUAUGACACAAGACCAGUGGAAAAGCCUCUCCCAAGAACUCCAAAGAAUGGUAGAUGCUAAGAAAUUAUCAAAAAUGUUAAAAAUGUCAGAAAUGAAUAUCACGGCUGCAGAAAAGAGGGUUAAGAAACUGGAUGUGUAUGUGAAAAAGUAUACAUGGUUCCAGAAAAAUUUGUUGGAGUUAAGUCAGUUUGCAUCAGCUAUGCCCCAAGACUCAUGCAGAGGAAAUAUUGAUCGCUAUGGUAACAUCAUUACGACAACCACCACCACCACAACAACGACUACUCCCUCAUCAUUUCAAGAAGCUGUACACAUCGCAGAGCCUCCAGAGAAGACGAUGACCAAGGUAAAAGAUAACAAGUUUGCAGGUUUAAUGAAAAUCUGGAGUGGAUUGCAGAAGACAAUAUGUGGAAAACCUUUCAAGCUCACUGACGAACAAGUACAGCAGUUUGCAGAAGACAGAGAUUUCAAGUCUCUGGGGUUGUCUAAGGAGCAGGAAUUUGAGAUUGGAAUCUUGGUCCACGUGUUGUACAGUAACCCAAAGGUGUUAUUUGCCCCAAACAACUCUGCUGCUGUGCAGAACAUCAUGAAAAAAGCCAAUGAAACAUUUGCCCUGUUUGAUGAAAUUACCCAGUAUGCCAAGCAGUGGCUGAAAGUGUCAUAUGAUCUGCGGGACUACCUGAACCAAUCAGCUACCAGACAAAACUUGCAGUCAUUGCAAGAAAUGCAGUCUACAAUUAGAAACCAGUACAGCAUCCUGCCACGGCUGAAUAUCAAGCACCCAGGUAUCAACACAUUCAUCUACAACCUGACCAUUCCCACGGUAGACGAAUUCCUCCAUGAACUGGACGGCAUUGACAGUGCAGCCUGCAGCUGGAUCACCCUGGUCAAUGGCAUCAGUUUCAAUAUAUUUGAAGGAUUUAGGACAGAGAAGGAACUGGUGGACUAUGUACUGCAUAAAGCUUUUUCUCAAAAUAAAACUGUCCUUGCUAGUGUUGUUUUCACCAACAUGAGGCCAGAUGGUACCUUGCCACCGCAUGUUGUCUACAAAAUACGCCAAAACGCCUCAUUUACAGAAACUACCAAGGCUGUGCGCCCGCGCUACUGGAGCCCAGGCAACAGGCGCAAUGGGUUCAAGUACUACUUCUUUGGCUUUGUCUGGAUUCAGGAUGUGGUGGAGAGAGCCAUCAUUAAUCUCCAGACUGGCCGGGAUAUCAUAGAGCCUGGCAGUUACAUUCACCAGUUUCCACAGCCCUGUUUCAUGUAUGAUCAGUUCAUCUUAAUGAUAGAGCAUGUGAUGCCAUUGUGCCUGACCAUCUCCUGGGUCUACUCCGUCGCCAUGCUGGUCCAGGGGAUAGUCUACGAGAAAGAACAGCGACUGAAGGAGGUGAUGAAGAUGAUGGGACUGAACAACGCUGUCCACUGGCUGGCCUGGUUCAUCACCAGUUUUGGACAGAUGACCGUUACCAUGGGGAUGGUGACCAUCAUCUUGAAGUAUGGGAAUAUUCUGACUUACAGUGACCCCCUCUUGGUGUUCUUAGUGCUGGAGUGCUUCGCCUUGGCCACCAUAUCAUUUUCAUUUUUCCUGAGUGUGCUGUACUCUAAGGCCAAGCUGGCAGCAGCCUGUGCUGGAAUCAUCUAUUUUCUGACUUAUGUACCAUAUAUGUACAUUGCCAUAAGGGAGGAGGCUGCAGGGGAUAAGGUGUCUGCUGUCACCAAGUCUAUAGCUUCUUUGAUGUCAACCACGGCAUUUGGUUUGGGUGCCAAGUACUUUGCGUUCUAUGAGGAGGAGGGGGUGGGAGUCCAGUGGAGCAACAUGAAUAUCUCUCCAGUGGAGGAGGACCAGUAUAACCUGUACUAUGUCACUGUCAUGAUGCUGGUGGAUACUCUCAUCUAUGGGAUCUUAGUCUGGUAUAUAGAGAAUGUCCACCCAGGUUCCUACGGUCUUCCCAAGCCAUGGUACUUCCCCCUCACCAAGUCAUACUGGUGCGGUCAUGCCAUCUACACUGAACACAAGCCGUGUGGACUGCGUAGCCUGUGGUCCUGGUGGCGAGAUAGAAGUAACCAGUUUGAUAUGUCUGUCAUGGAGGAGGACCAGGCUUGUGCUAUGGAGCAGAGACCACAGGAUGACAGCCAGUGUUUUGAGAGGGACCCCUCCCAUCUGCCCCUGGGCGUCCAUAUUGAUAACCUGGUGAAGGUGUACAAGAAUGGCAAGCUGGCUGUGAACAAGCUGUCACUGGACUUGUUUGAAGGGCAGAUCACGUCAUUUCUUGGACACAAUGGAGCAGGGAAAACAACAACAAUGUCCAUCCUGACUGGAUUGUUUCCCCCUACAGCAGGCUAUGCCCAGAUCUAUGGGUUGGACAUUAGGACAGACAUGGAGGACAUCAGGAAAAGCCUUGGGAUGUGCCCACAACAUAAUGUCCUCUUUGACAAAAUGACAGUAGAAGAGCAUCUUUGGUUCUACUCCAAGUUAAAGGGAAUGGAUGCCAAGAGCAUGAAGGCUGAGAUGGACCAAAUGAUCUAUGACCUGGGUCUGCCAAAGAAGCGUCACAGCCCUGUGGACUGUCUCUCAGGUGGUAUGAAGAGAAAGCUGUCUGUUGCCAUUGCCUUCAUAGCUGGCUCCAGGACUGUCAUCCUGGACGAACCGACAUCUGGUGUGGAUCCCUAUGCCAGGAGACAAAUCUGGGAUUUACUGAUUAAAUACAAAAAAGAUCGUACUGUGCUCCUGUCAACUCACUACAUGGAUGAAGCUGACCUCCUGGGUGACCGGAUAGCCAUCAUCUCUAGUGGUCAGCUCAAGUGUUGUGGGUCAUCUCUGUUCUUAAAGAGUACCUUUGGGGAUGGGUACCAUCUGAAAAUGGUCAAGAAGCCCUCUGAAGUGGAUGCUCAUAGUAUCAAUGAUGAACCAGAUACAAUCCACCCCUCAAGCUCCUUCAUAACUUACUGCGUGGAAGAUACAGUCACAGAGUUUGUCAAAAAAUAUGUCAGCACGGCCUACAUAACCAAAGCCACCAAUCACGAGCUACAUUACAUCUUGCCCUUUGAAGAGGCCAAGAAGGGGAACUUUGAGAAACUGUUCCAUGCACUGGACUCUCACCUGGACCAGCUGGACAUCAGCAGUUAUGGGGUGAUGGACACGUCGCUGGAGGAGGUGUUCUUAACAGUGACCGAGAAACCAAAAAAGAAUCCAGAACUGGAUGAGGAAGAAGUGAAGAACUUAGAAAAUCAGACCAUCCAGUUUCCCCUAGAUGAUACAUACGGCAUGACAAACCAGGCAAGUGAUGGUGACGAGGCCAUGAUUGACUUGGAGCCGGUGCUGUCCUCUGGUGGUGAUGUAGAGCUGGGUGACCUUGGCACAACCUCAGCACACAGAAGGCAGUGGAGUGAUGGCUCUAUACACCAUGUGUCUCUACACACAGGACCACAUGCCCAGUAUGCCAGGCUGGUGAAUGAGGACACACAGAGUAUAGCUAGCAGUGACCAUGAACCCCAGCCACACCCUGGGGCAGGAUCAUACAUAGUCUCUGGUGGCAUGCUGAGGUUCCAGCAGCUCCUGGCUGUCAUUGUGAAGCGGUUCUACUACAUACGAAGAAACUGGAAGGGCCUCUUCUCCCAGAUCUUGUUGCCUGCCUUGUUUGUUGCAAUCGCCAUGACAGUAGCCCUCUCGGCGCCAAAGCUCCGCAAUCUACCUCCAUUAACUCUAAGUCCAGCUCAGUACUACAACUACACUCAGCCAAGAGGAAACUAUGUGCCUUACAACAACCAAGCCAAAGACAGUCCAAAUGCAGUUGGAAAGCAGACCAAAACUCAACAGAUGGCAGACAGUAUCAUCCAGACUUUCAUGUUGCCUUCAGGACUUGGUGCUACCUGUAUCCUCAAGCGACCAAUCAAUAAUGCCUUUGAUGCCGAUCUGACGCGUACUCUGACGGGUAAUUAUUCCCAGAAGACAUUCAAGCUGUUGGCAGAGUACUUUGAGCCUGGCUGUGAGAGCGUGUUUGUUAAGGGACUGCCUCUGAGUUAUUUUGUUCCUCCACCCCCCACAGCACCACCUGUGGAUGAAGACACCCUGAACCUGCUGGACAAUGAUACAGAGUCUAGUAGCACUACCCACUCCCCAGAUGGCCCCCAUUUUUACCCCCACUGCAUCUGCGCCAAGGACGGCAGUGGGUUUGUAUGUCCACUCACUGGUUUCUUAAACCCCGAGGAGAAGAAGCUGGUGACCAGUGACAUCUUAGUGGACAUCACCAGUCAGGACACAUCCCAGUACUUGUUGCACACCACCAAUGCCUUCCGCCUGCACAGGUAUGGCGCGGUGUCCGUGGGGUUGGAGAGGGAUUACGUACCUGAUAGGUUUGGAGAGCAUGCACCACCUUUGUUCAGGCAGAUCGCUGUGAAGAGGGUCUCAAAGGUUUGGUAUAACCAGAAGGGCUAUCACUCCAUGCCCACCUAUCUGAACACUCUUAACAAUGCCAUUCUGAGGGCAAAUCUGCCCAAGAAGAAAGGGAACCCAGCAGCUUAUGGCAUCACUGUCGUCAACCAUCCUAUGAGUAACACAAAUGAUCAGCUCAAUAUAGAGUCCAUCCUGAAAGGCUCAGAUGUCCUGAUCGCCAUCUUCAUCAUCUGUGCCAUGUCCUUUGUGCCGGCCAGUUUUGUGUUGUUUCUGGUAUAUGAACGGUCCACUAAGUCCAAGCACCUGCAGUUUGUCAGUGGUAUUGACCCGGUCAUCUAUUGGCUGGCCAACUACAUCUGGGAUAUGUGUAACUACUUGAUUCCUAUGUCCUGUUGCAUCAUCAUACUGCGUGUGUUUGACAUCCCAUCUUACGUCUCUGACACCAACUUUCCAGCAGUGGUCUCCUUGUUUCUUUUAUAUGGGUGGUCUAUCACCCCUCUGAUGUACCCAGCCUCCUUUGUGUUUAAGGAGCCCAGUACAGCGUACAUCUUUCUCAUCGUGAUCAACCUAUUCGUAGGCAUCACAUGCAUCAUCACGAGCUUCUUACUGGAUAUGUUUGACUAUGACAAGGAUCUUCAUGAAGUUCACAAAGUGCUGAGUGUUGUUUUCUUACUAUUUCCCAACUAUUGCCUGGGAAGAGGUCUGAUGGAUAUAGCCUUUAAUGAGUAUCACAACGAGUACUAUUAUAGAACAGGCCAGUAUGGGAAGGUGAUGUCCCCCUUUGACUGGGAUCUGGUGCCAAGGAACCUGGCUGCCAUGGGCAGUAUGGGCUUUGUCUUCUUCAUUAUCACACUUCUAUGUGAAUACAGGUUCUUCAUCAAGUCCAAGCGUCUUAAAGUUGAAAGCUCAGUUAUCACAGAUGAUGAUGAGGAUGUUGCUGCGGAGAGGAAGAGGGUGCUCAGAGGCAGUGGCAGAAAGGAUAUGCUGAGGCUGGAAAACCUCACUAAGAUAUACAAGACGAGAAAACUAGGUCGCCAUCUUGCUGUGGACCGCCUGUGCCUUGGAGUACCCCAGGGAGAGUGUUUUGGUUUACUUGGAGUCAAUGGUGCUGGUAAAACAACAACCUUCAAGAUGCUGACUGGAGAUAUUCAGCCCACAGGAGGUGAUGCUUUCCUCAAUGGAUACAGUAUCCAUGCAGACAUGUUAAAGGUCCAGCAGAACAUAGGUUACUGCCCCCAGUUUGAUGCUUUGUAUGACCAGCUGACAGCCAGGGAACACCUGCAGCUGUAUGCCAGACUGAGGGGAGUGCCAUACAAGGAUGAAAAGAUGGUAGUACAGUGGGCUCUGGAGAAGUUUGAUCUGUUGUCUCUAGCAGAUAACCUCUCUGGCUCAUAUAGUGGUGGUAAUAAGAGGAAACUGUCCACAGCUAUUGCACUGCUGGGUAACCCACCUGUUAUAUUCCUGGAUGAACCCACCACUGGGAUGGACCCACAGUCCCGGCGCUUCCUGUGGGAUAUAAUUCUUAACCUCAUCAAAGAUGGAAGAUCAGUCAUCCUCACAUCACACAGCAUGGAGGAAUGUGAAGAACUGUGCACUCGCCUGGCUAUCAUGGUGAACGGUCAUUUCAAAUGCAUGGGAAGCAUACAGCACCUGAAAAAUAAAUUUGGCAAGGGGUACACCGUAACUGUUAGGGUCAAAGGUCAUGAUAUUGAUAGAGAGGUCAGGGCAGUCAGGCGCUAUAUGAAUAGGCAUUUCCCAGAUGCUGAACUGAAGGAGCAGCAUCACAACACUGUCCAGUACGAGCUCGCAUCCAGCACCCUCUCCCUGGGGACUGCCUUCGCCAAGAUGGAGGAGGCCCAACGAGAUCUCAACGUGGAGGAGUACUCCAUAUGUCAGAAUACAUUAGAUAAUGUAUUUAUCAGUUUUGUGAAAAUGCAGUCAGAGCUGGUGCGUGAGAGGCAUGACACAGGAGAGACAGAUCUUCCUUCAGAAAGGAGCCAGACACUACACGGAGCUGAAGAUGAUGAUGAUGAACCACUGCUUGAUGCUGGUGAUGACAUGCCAUUGGUUGGCCAAUCAGGGGUAACUAGGAUAUUUUUGGAACUUGCAAGUAGAGCAAGUUUGAUUUGA